UAUGCUUGUUCAGAUGUUCUGAUUAACCGCCAGCACACUUGUUCAGUUCAACACCUGCAGAACAGAAGUACAGUUGUUCUAACACGGUAUAGCAGGGUAUAUAGUGCUUAUCUCAAUCAAAUAAUUCUCCUGGAAUUGAAUACCACUACACGCUCUAGCAGCAUGUCCCUGACGAAAGCAACAUUACAGGCAGGAAUGUUGAGCAGAUUUCACAGAAGUGUAGGACAAGUCUCCCGCGGUGUGGUGGCGGCCGCGACCUGUUCCCUUACAGCCACCGCUACCACCCCAGGACCUCGGUUCUCAACAGCUGCUCCUCUCAAGAUGAAUGUACCACAGCCAGAAUGCUUACAGAAGCCCCUGAAUGUCCCGUCAAAACUCCUGAUGGGACCAGGCCCUUCCAACAGUCCUCUGCGGGUGCAUUAUGCUAUGAUGAAACCUCUUUUAGGACAUCUGCAUCCGGAGUUUACACAGAUCAUGGAUGAAGUUAAGGAAGGGCUGCGGUACAUUUUUCAAACCAAGGCAGAGGUUGUGUGCUGUGUAAGUGGCACAGGACAUGCCGGCAUGGAGACCACUAUGUGUAACCUCUUGGAACCUGGCGACGUAAUCCUCAUUGCACAGAAUGGCAUUUGGGGGGAGAGAGCGGCUGACAUGGCCAGGAGGCACGAUGCUGAUGUACGCAUUAUCGACAAGCCUGGAGAUACCUUUACCCUAGAGGAGUUAGAUGCUGCCCUUGCUCAACACAAACCUGCGGUCCUCUUUAUGGUCCAGGGAGAAUCAUCAACAGGUGUCUUGCAGCCAUUAGAGGGAGCAGGAGCUUUGUGUAGAAAACAUGGUGCCCUGCUUGCUGUAGACUGUGUUGCAUCCUUAGGGGGUGUGCCUUUUUACAUGGAUGGUUGGGAUAUUGACGUGGUCUACACAGGAACCCAGAAAGUGAUAUCUGCACCUCCUUCCAUGGCUCCAAUUGCAUUUAAUGACAGGGCAAUGGCUAAAGUACGGUCUAGGAAGACUCCUAUCAGAAGUUUCUACUCUGAUAUGACUUGGCUGGCCAAUUACUGGGGCUGUGAUGGCACACCUCGCAAAUACCAUCACACAGGCCCAAUCAGUGCUGUGUACGCUCUCCGGGAAGCUCUAGCCAUAGUCUGUGAAGAAGGCCUAGAAUCUCUGUGGUCAAGACACAAGGCUUGUGCCAAGAAGCUUCAUGAGGGUCUUGGUGCCCUUGGUCUAGAGAUGUAUGUGUCAGACCCCAACAAGAGGACUCCUACAGUGUCAACCAUCCGUGUUCCUGAAGGGGUUGAUUGGACUAGAGUCACUAAGUACUUUAUGUCAAAUUACCUAGUUGAAAUUAGUGGUGGACUUGGCCCAUCUGCGGGGAAAGUGUGGCGUGUUGGACUUAUGGGCUACAACUGUACACCUGAGAAUGUAGAUUUGGUUCUCAGGAUAAUGAAGGAGGCUCUGGCAGAUGCUACAGGCAAGUCUCAAAAGUCAAAGAUCUAGAAUAAAAACAGCAAUAGAACAGCAAGUACUUUUCCAAAGUUAUUGUGGAUACACAAGUAGCUGGUCAAGAAGCUAAAAACUUAAAACUCAUUUGUGACUUCAUAGACUUCAUGGAUACUUUGUAUUUGGUCAAGUGAUUUGCUCAAGGAUAAUUGUUGUUUCCUAUUUUUUAUUCCUAUUUUUUAUAAGAGAUAGGUGAAUUUAGACUUAAUUUUAAUUGUGCUUUAAGUCUCGCUGGUUUAGGUUUGGUUGUGCAGCUUCUUAUACAUCACAACUGUAGGGUUGGCAUGAAUGAGAAUUAAUAAAUUCCAGGUAGCAAUAUAUUAAUUUAACAUUUUCAUAUUAACUUAAUCAGAAUUGCUUCAUUUUGGUCAUGGUUUAGUAUUGAAAUGUUGAUUUCAUAGCUUGUCUUUUGAGAUUUUUAUUCAUAACUUGAUUUUGAUCACAGUUGUGAAAAUCUUGGUGACAGUUUUAUUUGUAAAUGAUAUGGCUGUUUUAUAUGCCUUUUAUAUUGUGAAUAUAGACUUUAACCAUUCCAAUAGAAAUUCAACUUCAUAGUUGAAUUUAAUGUUUUUUCUAGUUUUUAUUUGAUAUAUUUGAAUGAAAUUGGCAGCUGAUAAUGUCAAGAGAACUUUAUCAGAGAACCUAUAUUUUUGGAGAAAUGUUAAGUAGUUACAGAGUCUAUUUUUAAUACAUUCCCUAAGCCUUGUUCUCUUCUGUUUAAAUUACUUAAAGUCCAGUUUUGUGGACAUUUCAUUUAUAUCAGUUUUAAGAAUUAGAAUUUUAUUGUUGAAACUAUUGUUGUACGCAUUUCGGUCACCCAUGAAAAUGCUCAUUAUUGAGAUUAUGCUAAUAAAAGUUCUGAGACUCUUA